GCCAAGUUUUCAUCCGUCCUCUGAAAGCCUCGCUGGUCGUCGGUCUCCUCAUCCUGCCUCCUUCAGCAGUCCUGGGAUGGCGGUACCCAGUGCCAAUGAGUUCCACUGGCAGAGCUUGGCCCGGCUGCCGUGCGGCCGUGUCUACCACGCUCUGUGUGAGGUCGGGGGUCAGAUGUACAUGCUGGGGGGCUGCGAUGCUACAGGAAGGCCGUGCUCUGGACUGGAGCUGUAUUCUCCUGAGGGGGACCGGUGGAUAAGCUUGGCCCCGAUGCCCACCCCUCGUGCUGGGGCAGCCGUAGCGGAGCUGGGGAAGCAGAUCCUGGUGGUUGGAGGAGUGGGAGAAGAACAGAACCCUCUAAAGGUGGUGGAGAUGUAUAACACAGAUGAAGGGAGAUGGAGGAAGAGGAGCGCUCUUCGGGAGGCUCUGAUGGGGCUGUCCAUCACUGUGAAAGAGUCCAGACUUUACUGGGUUCUAGUCAAGAACAGACUUGGUGAGAACUAG